AUGCCACAGUGGUAUUACAAUGUUAUUAUUGUGUAUUCUUAUUCUUAUUGUGUAUUGUACAUUGGUCUGGUGGUGGAGGACCUGGUGGCUGAACUCCUCUGGCUCUUCCAAAAGCGCUUCUGCAAUAGUUUCUUCCCUGUGCUGCAAACAGCCAUCGGUGUGGGCAGCACCUUCGAAGCUUGGGACCCCUGUGAAGAUAGUGCUGUCUACCAGCUGCUCGUCCCCCUGAAGGCACCUCGUGGCCACAGGUUCCAGCUGCAGAUGGGCGCCACAGGGCAGAUGCCAGUAGAAGACCCCCGCAUCUAUGUGGAGCAGAACAUGCUCUGCUUCCUCCACCAUUCUGAGGAGGAGCUGACAAGAAAUCAGGAUCCCAGCCUCCUACACAUCCUCUGCACAGGCUCCUACCUAGAUGUGCAAAAAACUGCCCUCUGGUUCCAGACCUUUGUCAUGUCAGCCUGGAUGGAUGUGUCUCAUUCCCGCUGCUACAACAUGGAGAUGCUGCCCUCCAGCCGGUCCUGCAAGCUGCAGCUGACGGGUGCCUCCAGAAGAACCCUCUUCAUUGAGUUGAUUUUUGGGGUACAGCAAGGGGACUCGGACAUCUUCCUGAGUAGCCAGGCUACAGAGGACACCUUCAACGCAAGCACUACGUGGCCAGUGACCUACGCUGUGGCAGAGGUGAAGUUCUUCAGGCAUAUGGCCAGGAAGGCCUCAGCACGUGCCCACCUCAAUUGCCUUCAGACCUGCGCCUGCAUCCUGACGGGCACAAGCUUUUCCACCUAUGACUUCAAGACAGCUGUGAUGCACCUCCUGACCACAACCCCCCUCUCACGUUGGCGCAGGAAGAACUUCCUACUGCGGCUGCAAGACACCAUGCGAUACAUGCGCUGGUGCCUGGAGGAGAAGCGCCUCAACCACUUCUUCCUUGGCAAUGAGAAUGUGCCUGAGGAGAUAAGCUUGCCGCUAUCCUUCAAAACGGCCGAGCCACUCAACCUCUUCCAACGCUUUGCACAGGAUCCGGCGGCCUGUGCUGACGCGCUGCGUGAUUUGAUCAAGCUUGAACACCGACUCGCACGACAGCUCGUCCUGGGAUACUGGGAGAGGGCUCCACACACAGAGCUGUGA